CACUUUUCUGUUUUGUAAACAAAGAAAAAUGUCUUCCAGCGUAAAAAUAUACGAAGAAUUUUCUUUUAACAUUAAUUUAUUCAUCAAAUCUAUCAAAUAAAAACAAAAUUAUUUAUUUUAUUUUUAAUAAUUUAAAUUUUAUAAUCUGACAAAAAAAUGAAUUUCAAUAAGAUUUGUCGAAUUUGCGGUGAAAUUAUAAAAGACAAACAUUUGGAAACUGUUGAUGAUAACAAAACACAAAUCUACAAGUAUCUUCCAGUAAAAGAUAGCGAUGAAGAGUUUCCCAAAAACCUAUGCGUAGAUUGCUUAAACUUAAUCGACAGCUGGGAUGUUUUCUACAAACGAUGUGAGAAGUCGCAAAAGAAGUUUACUGCGCUUCUUAAGAAUAAGAAGACGAAGAAACUAAUUGCGAAAAGCAAGGAGAAAGUAUCUCCUCUAAGAAAUGGAAAUGAUAAAGAAAUAACAAGUGUUCUUCAAGACCAUAGUGGUGAUGAGUAUACAAACAAGGGCACUUCAAAAGAAGCAACAAAUGGCAGCUUUAUUUGCAAUUUUUGCUCAGUUUGCACCAAAGGCCAACCAGAACUCAAUGAUCACUUGAUUGCUGUGCACUGUGACUUAGUAUUCUGUUGUGAUCUUUGUAAGAAUUACAAACCACGAGAUGACCUUAUCACCCACAUGACGGAGCAUGCCUUGAGUUCUUUACAAAGUGCUACCCCAACAAAGAAUCAUACUACCAAAACCAACAAUAACAAUAAGCUGCAGUGUUCCAAAUGUGACAAACAAUUCACCAGCAACAGUGGUCUUAAAUAUCACAUGAAUUCCAAUCACAAUUUAGCUAAACAAUUUCCCUGCGAUGAAUGCCAUCGUGUAUUCCCAUGUAAACGUGUAUUGCUAAAUCAUUUCCGAAGUGUCCACAGCAAAGAUAAACCAUUUAAAUGCAACGAUUGUGGGAAACACUUCAAAACAGACUCAACUCUGUAUGCACAUCGGAAGACCCAUUCAAAAGAAGCACCGCAUAAAUGUUUCGAUUGUGGCAAAGGAUUCAAAUUCAAACAUCAUUUGGAUUCGCAUGCGUUGCAACAUAAGACGACCAAAGAAAAAACAUUCGAAUGCAGUUUUUGUCAUAAGAAAUUUGCUGCAUUAAAUAAUCUCACCAAACAUCGUAAGAUUCAUGAUAAUACUUCAGAUUUUGCAUGUCAUAUUUGUGGAGUCAAAAUGAUGCAGAAGCGUUAUUUGAAGGAUCACAUGAAGAGAGUUCAUCAAACACGAUUAGAUUAGUUUUAAGUGAAAUUAGAAAUACGGUUAUGUAAUUUAAAAUUUGUUGAAUUUGUUUGAAUUAAAUUAAUUAUACAAUACUAGCAAAAUUAGAAUUGUUAAAACAAAAAAUUUGUUUUUAAUGUUAUUUCUGCUUAUUGAAUCGAAGGGUUGGUUCCAAAUCGAAUGAAUAUAGACAUGUAUCUGUAAUUUUAUAAAAAUUCAAUAAUAAGAAUACUCAUUAGGUCAAUUUUAUUCACUUGUCAUUAUAGUGUACCCAUUAAAAAUUAGAACAUUGUCAAAUCGAAUACGAAUUUUUUAAACUACCUUUUUUAAAUGAUGGCUUUAAAAUGGAGCAAAUGGCCCUUAAAGUUUGAAAAAUUAAAAAUAUUUUUAUUUAUCGAUUAAAUUGUUUGGUUGUACAUAAGAUUAAAUAGCAAAUAGAUAAACAUUUUCGACGUGUUAAGUCAGAAGAAGCGAAUAUAUGUGCCCAUGAUUAUGAGAGUGGACUAAGUCACUUUUUGCAUUGUUUAAAGAAAAACUUACAUUAAUUGUAUUUCUUUUUUGAAAUCACUGAAGGAGCAAUAAAAAAGUUUAAUUGCUGCAAUUUUCAAAUAAACUUUACCCUUAAAUGAUAAUCAUUUUUAGGCUAGAUUUGAUCGGUUUUUAAAGGCACCGGCGAAUGGAUAAAUAAUAAAGAAUAAGGACGCUUAUCAAUGGUCAAAUUCAUUUUUCCAAAAAUGUCGUCAUUUAAUUUCUUACAAAUAUAUUUUGCAUUUAUCAUGGAUUGAGAUGCGAGAUUAAAAUAGGUAGUGUUCGACCGAAGCUUCGGCAUUCGGCUUCGGCCAGAUUCGGCCAAAAAAACAACAUUCGGCCAAACCUUGGGCUUCGGCCAUUUUAGACCGAAGUUUUGGCCGAAGCCGAAGAAUCUGUUUAUUGUAUCGA